GAUGGCACUGUGAUAGACUGCAUCCAGUUUGCUGAGUAGAGUGUUGGAGGCUAUUUUGUAGAUGACAUCAUCGAAGUCGAGGAUCGGUAGGUGGCGGAGUGCACAUUUAAUUGUUGCGAACGCCAUUAUACCAACGAAGAAGAAUGUCGCCAAUGACAGUUAGACCACAGCUUGAAGUUAUUGUUGUGUUUGAGGCACGAGUUAAAUGUAGCUUAGCUAGAGUAGCUUCCAAAUGUCAUAGUAGUAACGUUAGCUAGCUAGCUAGCCGUCUUAAAAGGAAGAAAAUGUCAAGAAGUGCUGUCACGAUGUUCAUCAUCAUUGCUGCUGUAUGCAGCCUGUUGCUCGUUGCUCAAGGGCAGGUGGACGAUGAGGAAUGGAUUGAUCCCUAUGAUAUGUUGAACUACGACCCAAGCACAAAGACCAUGAGAAAGCCUGCUGAGGUUUCACAGCUGCCUUCGUGCAAUCUGGUGUUCAAGCAAUUCCUCACCAAGCUUCUGAAGGAGAUUGAAAAAUUUGGCCUGCCCAGUGAUUUCCAGAAUGAUCUCUACUACGACGCCAAAGUAAGACUGUCUCGGCAAGCGUUGGCAGCGAUCUGGAAGCUUCUGGAGGGAAGGGACACCUGUAGAAUGGAGGAUCUGGACGAUGCCCUCAGCCAGAUCCUGGUGGAUCUCAAACCACAUGAACUCGAGGCCUCGAGAUGGCACUUUGAGGACACCUUUGGUGUAGAGAUCGACACAGUCAUGAAGGUGUUUGUUUGUGUCGUAAUGAUGGUGGUCAUCAUCUGCAGCGAGCUGUGGUCUACAGUCUCCUGGUUUGUCCAGUUCAAGCGAAUCUUCGCCAUCUGCUUUCUCAUCAGUCUGGUGUGGUUUUGCUUCUUCCUCCACAAGAUUGACUUUGCCGUCGACGCGAAAUGCACCGGGAAAAUUGACUGGUGGGACUUAAAUGAUUGGUACAGAGGUGCCAUGACUCUCCAGGAUGGUCUCUGUACGAUGUACAACAAAGUCCUCAACGUCACCCCAAUCCGUCUCGUAUCCCAAGCAAAGAAGCACUUUGGCCAGAGGAUCAGCGAGUUGCUCGUAGCCAUCAAUGACCUGCCGGUCACCCGGGAUAUCCCUGUGCUCCUCAUCGUGCUUUCCAUCCUGGUGUUUAUGUACUGUAGAUGCCAGGCAGCCAUCAAGCACGGCAUUACAAGACUGCUGCGCAUCGGCAGGCCCAGGGACCCCCCUCCUCCAGCCAUGGACCAGCCCGAGCCCCAGGCCCAUCUGAGAGGUACAAACCACAACCCACUGGCAGGGGGGGAGGCCCCUCAAUGCUCCCCUCCCAGGAACGUGGAGACCCUGAGGAACGACGACCGGCCGUUUAGCAACGUCCAGGAAGAGAUACAACAAGAACCAGUUGUAGCUGGGGUCACAACUGAAGGCAAUGACUCACAAGAAGCUAAACCCUCUCCAGCUAAAGCCAAACCCAAUGAGAGGGACGUGACGUCUGAAUCUAAGGUGGCUACUGACGGGGAGUCUAAGCAGCUGGCCGAGAGGCAGCCCGCACCAACUACACAAGGGAAUAAUACUCAGGAGAAGUCAUCAGAAGAGAAGAUUUCAUCUAUCUCAGGGCAGCAUGGUGAAACUGAUGGGGUGCCUGUACAAGAGACUGAACCAUCGUCGCUAGCACUAUAGACGAUGUUCUUGUCAUUGACAGCAGUGCGAAAUCUCAAAUCCGUGAGUUGGAUGCCUUAAGCCAGUUAUAAAGAUGCAGUUUCUCAAGAAAAUAAAGAAUAGUUUUUAUUUCAUUUUUUGAAAAUGUUUUUCAGUUUACAAUGUAGGCCGUAGUGAUUUUUAUCUUUUAAAAAAAGCUGUUUGUUUACCUGUCUUACAUUAUUUUUUUGUUAGGGAAAGACCAGGCUUAAUAUUGCAUAUAGAUUGUAUAGAUUCCAUCAAUGUAAUUGUCUGCAUCAUUUACAAUCCCCCAUAUAUAUAUAUUUAUAACACACAGUACUGUUCAAAACACCAGUGUCAACAUCAACAGUGAAGAGGCAACUCCGAGAUGCUUGCCUUCUAGGCAGAGUUCCUCUGUCCAGUGUCUGUUCUUUUGCCCAUCUUAAUCUUUUCUUUUUAUUGUCCAGUCUGAGAUAUGUCUUUUUCUUUGCAACUCUGCCUAGAAUUCCAGCAUCCCGUAGUCGCCUCUUCACUGUUGAUGUUGAGACUGGUGUUUUGCGGGUACUAUUUAAUGAAGCUGCCAGUUGAGGACUUGUGAGGCAUCUGUUUCUCAAACUAGACACUAAUGUACUUGUCCUCUUGCUCAGUUGUGCUCCGGUGCCCCCCACUCUUUCUAUUCUGGUUAGAGCCAGUUUGCGCUAUUCUGUGAAGGGUGUAGUACACAGCGUUGUACGAGAUCUUCAGUUUCUUGGCAAAUUCUCGCAUGGAAUAGCCUUAAUUUCUCAGAACAAGAAUAGACUGACAAGUUUCAGAAGAAAGUUAUUUGUUUCUUGCCAUUUUGAGCCUGUAAUCGAACCAACAAAUGCUGAUGCUCCAGAUACUCAAGUAGUCUAAAGAAGGCCAGUUUUAUUGCUUCUUUAAUCAGCACGACAGUUUUCAGCUGUGCCAACAUAAUUGCAAAAGCGUUUUCUAAUGAUCAAUUAGCAAUUUAAAAUUAUAAACUUGGAUUACACUAUCAAAAUAAAGUCGCACACCAUGUGUAAUCUCCCAGGUAUUUUAAUGGGUAUUUACCAACAUUUCGGCAUCACUGUGCCUUCCUCAGGGUGAUGUCAUGAAUACUUGAACCAGGUUAUGUAGACAAACAGUGCAAUUAGUGUAACCAAUGACAAUGGUGAGGGAGGGGUGUGUCAUAAUGAUUAAGUUAAUUAAAAUUAAUGAAACUGUUAAAUUGUAUAUGGCAUAUAAAAUAUAUUAUGCUAUUGUUAUCAUAUAGAAACAAUGGAGUAGUGUACAUCAUAUUAGCAUCAGCAUAUAUUAUUAAAUUCAAUUUCACAUAA